UAAAUGCAAUCGGUGUUCAAAAACAAAGCAGUGAAGAACACACUUGGUAUAAUAAAAAAAAGGCACCUCUGGUAUGUGGCUUAAAGUAAAUCACUUGAAUUCUAUAACUUCAAAGAGGUCGUUCAAGCAAUUUCCACAUUAUGUCCUUAGCCCAUCCUGCAUGGAUUGCCUCUCUUCUUCUUCUUCUUCUUCUUAUUCUUCUUCUUCUUUUUCAUAGUUUUGGAUACAUAUGCAUGCUCUCCAAGUUGUUUGCAAGAGUAAUCUGUGCCGCUUUGACUUGCGUCUUUGCAAGUGUUGGUUCACUGGUUGGGGCCAUCACAGGUGCUCUCAUAGGCCUUGCCACUGACAGUGGUCUUCUCAGAGGAUCUGGGAUUGGAGCCAUUACAGGCACCGUCUUCUCCAUCGAGGUCGUCAAAUCGUCUCUCAAUUUAUGGAACUCCAGGGACUGUGGCAGUUGGAGCCUUCUCUAUCUGAUGAAUGCACUCAGUUUGCCAUUCAUGGAGACUCUUGAUCUUUAUGAGACUGAUGGAAACACCAAGGGAAUGCCCAUGGACGAAGUCGAGAAGCUGCCUAAAUCCCAAGUCACUGCAAGAGGCAGUCUUGAUGAAUCAGGGGAGAGAAUAAGCUGCUCAGUGUGCUUGCAGGAUCUGCGAGUGGGAGAAAUGGCGAGGAGAUUACCUAUUUGUUGCCAUAUGUUUCACCUGCCAUGCAUCGAUACCUGGCUCAUCAGGCAUGGCUCAUGUCCCCUGUGCAGAAGGGAGGUUUUUAAUUGAAAGGUUUUUUUUUUACCCAAGGCAAUGGUGCAACGGCAGGGCCAGGAUAUUUUCUUAAUUUUUUUUAAGUAUCUAAAGAUUAAGUCUAAUUAUAAUGAUUUAAUAGAUGAAUUUCUUUUCAUGGAUAGUUAAUGUAAAAAACUGGAUUGAUACAUCGUCUGCUA